AUGUCAGCUGGAAACCUUAGCUAUAUUAAGGACUUUUUCAUUGUCGGUUUUCCUGGGCUUCAUACAAGUUACCAUGGCGCUAUGGCAGCAUUAUUGCUCUUUGUCUAUGUCUGUAUCUUAGUGGGGAAUGGAACAUUUCUUGCACUAUUUACUCUAGAAAAAUGCCUUCAUAAACCCAUGUAUUAUGUCAUUUUAAACCUGGUUGUAAGUGAUGUAUUAUUUAGCACCACAACCUUACCAAAAAUUAUUUCCAAAUAUUGGUUCCAAGCUGGUAAUAUUUCAUUUACUGGUUGCUUCAUUCAGAUGUAUCUUGUACAUUUUUUUGGAUCAACCAAUUCUUUUUUCCUGGGAAUAAUGGCCUUUGAUAGGUAUGUAGCCAUUUGUAAUCCACUAAGAUAUCCUAAUAUAGUCACAAGGUCGAGCAUUCUCAGUCUUUGUUUUAUUGGAUGGGUGCUAGCACAUACAUGCCCUUUAAUGAUGGUAAUAAGGGCGUAUCCUCUCCCUUACUGUGCAGAAAACACAAUCAUACAAUGCUACUGUGAUCACAUUUCUAUCACAUCUCUUGCAUGCACUAAUCGUGCUCUAUACAGUGUUCCAGCUUUUGUAUUUGCAAUGGUUGUUUUGCUUGGACCUCUGGCCUAUAUUGUUUUCUCUUAUGGCGCCAUUUUUGUGGCAGUUUUGCGAAUUUCAAGCACUCAAGGAAGGCUGAAGACUUUCUCCACCUGCAGUCCUCAGCUCGUCAUAAUUGCUCUCUAUUUCCUACCCAGGUGUUUUAUUUAUUUGUCUAGCAAUAUUGGUAUCAACUUCAGCACUGAUUCACGAUUAGUCAUUAUUAUGAUGUAUAGCCUGUUUCCACCCAUGAUCAAUCCCCUCAUUUACUGCUUAAGGACAAAAGAUGUAAAGGAAAGCUUACUUAAACGAUUAAAAACUUCAACAAGUCCUCAAUAUAAUCACAAAAAAGUAAAUGUCUCCACUGUAUGCAAGUAA